GAGAGGAAACCAGUCAUGGGCUGAAACCAGAAAGCAGCUGGAAGGUAGCAGGGGCAGCUGUAGCCAGGGUGGUUGGCCCUGUGGUGAGCUCACAGCCCAGGGAAGGCAGCAGGGAUGAGCAGGGACACUGCCCCAACCUUCACCUGAGGUGACUUUAAGCUGCCAGGAAUGGGGUGGCUUGUGCUGUGGUGACAACGCCCAGCUCUGGGUCACCCAGGGUCACCUGCUGCCUUGUUCCCACCUGAGCAGUUCCAGUAACUGGCUCUCAGUGGCAUAGAGUUACUGUCAUUAACACAUCUGGGGCUUAAAAAGUCGCAGUUGUUGCACAAGAGGCUCUUUCUGGUGUGCAGAGACACCCUGAGUCAAAAUACACACGCCUGCGGGGCUGUGGCACUGGGCAUGUCACGACGGGGGAUUGUGGCUCCAGCACGGUCAGAAGCGGGGUGGCACAGCCCGGUGCUCCCUGCCGGGCUGCAGGAGCACCGGAGGAACCAGCCCGAGCCAGGGGAACCUGUGCUCCCAGGGCGGGGAGGGAGCGAGAGCUGUGCCGCUGCUAAGAGACGGGGUAAACACCGCCGGGCUGGAGUGGGGAUGACUCAGGCAUUGAUCCGCUUGAGCUGCUCAGAGUUAUCUCAGAAUUGUCCUCCUGUAGCAGCUCCUUGUACAAGAAACCCCGGACCAUGGGCGGGAAGCCAUGGUUGAGCCGUGCCACAGAGCAGCCGUCUGGAAAAGUGUUCCUGCUGCACUGAGCCUGCUCCCUGCCAGCCCCAGUGAGCCCUUCUCUUCUGCUGCUGCUCCUGGACUCAGCCACCACAGUUGGACCAGUGGGCCAGGACUGGUGCCCAGCCUUGCUGCAGAGAGGAGACAGGGGACAGGAGGACGUGCCAGGCUCCAGCACAGACAGGGCACAGCAGCAGCUCCAGGCCAGGAUAACCUAGAGCAGCUCCCGUGGCACAGGACAUGGACCCCCGCACAGGACAAGAGCCUGUCAAGGUGGUCGGGGUUGUCUUGGGCAUCGGGCUGGCCCUGCUGAUCCUGGCCAGUUUUAGCUACACCUUCAUCCGCUGGUACCGGCGGGGCCACUGCCAGCGCCGUGAGUACGGCAGGGGACAGGGCAGGGGAGGGGACAGGAGGAUGGGAGACAGGGCAGGGGGGCUCAGAGCACAGGGCUGCAGGGCCUGGGGUGUGGGGACCACGGGAGAUGGGAACCCCUGGUGCAGGGGGUCAGGGCCAAGCUGGGAGCACUCUGAGGUGAGGAGGAGAUGCACAGCGAUGUCCUGGUGCUGUCCUGCUGCGUGUCCUGCCUGUCCCCACCCUGCCACUCAUGGCAAAGCAAAGGUGGGUUCACGGCAACACAUGGCUCUGACACCUCUCCCUCCUCUUCCUCAUGCCUCCCCAGGGCCUGACUUUGUCUUCAACCUCUACCACUCGCGCCGGUUGGGGUCGGUGGCACUGGAGCUGGUGCCACCCUUCAGCAUCAGCGGCUCACUGGGCACCUCGGGCAGUGGCUACGAACCCUUCCACAACCAGAGGCCAUGAGGUGAGAGCUGGGCUGCUGAGCAGGUAGGAAGGACAUCCCCUUGUCCCCCCAUUUCUUUGCAAGUUUCUCUCAGAAGAAAAACAAAGAAAAACUCACGAGAGCCAUGUGGGUGUGUGUAGGGAAACCAGUGAGGACAGAGUGGGAUUUCCAGGGAGUCAGAGGGACCGGCUGUGCUCUCAGCUAUCGAGACCAAACCCUGUGGUCUGUGGCUUUCUCCUGGCUGAAAGGAGACCUCUGACUGCUCAGGGGAGGGGGAAAUGCCACCUCCUGGGGGCUGGGAGCCCUCCGUGGUGAGCAGGACCCAGCAGAGCCCUGCAUGACGCAGGAUCUGGCCGUGGGGCCUGACGUCAGCAGAGUUUAAAAGAAAAACAAAAAAACCCCCACGCUUUUGAUGACUGCGCUUUCCAGAGGAAGUUGAAAAAAAAGUGAAAAGAAAGCAAAAAGCUCUAACGCCGAAACUACACAGAGGCAGAAGAGAUGGGGCCAGUGGAGGGGUAGGAGGAAGCUCCCAGUACCCUUCACAUCCCUGUGGGAUGCAGGGGUGGAUCUCACAUGUGAGCAGUGCCCUGUGAGAUGUAAGAGAAGGAAACACAGCAAGGAUCAGCCCCCUCCUCCUGCUGGAAAAGCUGAAAAGAAACCCAAGAACCCUUCACCUGAAAACCAAAUUCCCCAAGGAGGGUUUCCACCAGCAGUUUUACCUCCCACCCUGAAGUUCCUGGAAAUGGAGUGACUCUUGGAAAAACUUCCCUGAGACCUGGAGGGUGGCCCAGGGGAGCUGCUGGGGCUCAUCCUGUUUCCAUUCUGAUGACAGUGUUCACAGCAUCACAGAAUCAAUUUGUUUGGAAAAGAUCUCUGAGGUCAUCAAGCCCAACCUAUGACCAAGCAGCACAUUGCUGAGCAGAGCCCUGACUCUUGUCUUUCCUCCACCCCUGGGUUUGAGUUGUCCCCCUGUCCUUCCCUGGGGGUGUCCUACGGGGGUCCAUCCCUGUGGGAUCACUCUGAGCAGUCCAGCUCCUCUUCCCUGCUGCUCCUCUGGUGAUUACCCCCACAAAUUCCCCAGGAGCUGGAGAGCUGGCUUGGUUCUCCUUUUU